AUGGAACGACUGUUAGUUGAAAAGGCGAUGAUGGGCCCUGGCUGGAUUGACAUCAGCAACUACACUGAAGUUACUGCGAAACAGUCUUACUGCGACUAUGAGUUCAGUGUAGAUAUGGAGAGGAUGCGAAACCUUACUUACAACACAUCAAUAACUCAAAAUCCGCCACCCGUACGCAUGCUUGUACUGAAUGUUCUAACAACAUUGAAUGAAAAGAAGGAAAAUGAGAUCUGUAUGAUAUCAACACUAUAUAAUCCUGCUUGUAGCCUUAGCAAUCCUAGCACUGAUCAAAAGGAUCUUCAUCGAUUAUGCAUGUUCACCAAACCUUGUGGCGGCACGCUGCCCUUCGACAUAAAAGAUCAACUGAACAGGCGAGGCCUAGCCGAUAUUGUCCUGACCGCCGGGAACGAAAAAGCUCUCCUAUCGCUUUUCCUUGCAAAAAUUCACAAAUACGAACCUGACAUUAUUGUACGGUGUGGCAUCGGUGGUUCAGUGGUAGAAUGCUCGCCUGCCACGCGGGCGGCCCGGGUUCGAUUCCCGGCCGAU